AUGAGUUCCGGUCCUAGACUAAUCAGCAAUGCUGCGGCGAGGAGACUCGUUAUACAGUCAUACUCCCGGGCGUCGCACUCUCCUCUCUUGAGCGUCUACUCUCGUUCGAAAUUCCCAAGAGACCUACCCCCUAGACUCUCGGCUCUGGCCAUUGCGUUGCCGCACCGGAAUUAUGCGACAGAGACAACCCCGCAUGGUCCUGACAGCGGUCCUCCUCCGGGCUUCAACAUCGACGAGGCUAAGAAGCCGUUGCCAAAGGAUGAGGCCAAAAAGUCAUCCGAGGCGUCCUCUGCCCCUACGGUCGCAGAACUCAAAAAGUCCGAUGAGCAACUACAUGUCCCGAAAAGUCAGGCCACUGCGACCGCAAAGACUCAAGCCAUGGAAAAGGCCAGUCUCACCGAGCUGGCUGCCGAAAAGGCGGCUGCGCAGUCGGAAAAAGAGCAGACGGACCUGACGACCAAGAAGGAGGAACCUAAGAAACUCACCCUUGGCCAAAAGAUAAAGAAGGAAAUCCAACAUUACUGGGACGGCACGAAGUUGCUGGCCGCCGAGGUCAAAAUCUCCUCGAAGCUUGCGUUAAAAAUGGCCGCCGGCUACGAACUCAGUCGCCGGGAGAACAGACAGUUGCAACGGACAGUUCAAGAUCUCGGCCGACUGGUACCUUUUUCGGUUUUCGUGAUUGUCCCCUUUGCAGAACUCCUGCUCCCGGUCGCAUUGAAAUUGUUCCCCAAUCUCCUCCCGUCGACAUUCGAAGGCCAGAAAAGCCGUGAAACCAAGGCGGCACAUCUCAGGGAGACGCGCAAACAAGUGUCUGCUUUUCUCCGCAACACACUUCGUGAGACGGGCCUCCCAGUCUCGGCCGUGAAUGCAAAGAAGGAAGAGUUUACCGAGUUUUUCCGCAAAGUCCGCGCAACCGGCGAAUCUCCCUCCAGGGAGGAUGUUAUCAAGGUUUGUAAGAUUUUCAAGGACGAUUUGACCUUGGACAAUCUCUCCAGACCACAGCUCGUGGGCAUGUGCAAGUACAUGAACCUCAACACCUUUGGAACCGACGCCAUGCUGCGGUAUCAAAUCCGCCACCGUAUGCGCCAGAUCAAGCGUGACGACAAAGCUAUCUCCUUUGAAGGCGUGGAUUCCCUCUCUGUGCCUGAACUCCAAAUGGCGUGCGCUUCUCGCGGGCUUCGGACCCACGGUAUGUCGCCAGGCAAGCUGAGGGAGGAUUUACAAAUGUGGCUGGACCUCCGCCUCAAAUAUAACAUUCCGUCUACCCUGCUGGUGCUCAGCAAUGCGUACAUGUACACGUCUGGCAAAGACAGCGAGAUCGACUCUCAAAUUGAUGCACUGCAAGCUGUGCUGAGUUCCAUUCCGGAGGAAUUAUUCCACGAGAUUGAACUCGAGGUCCACAAUGCAGAAGGAGCGGCUACCAAUAAACAACGUCUGGAGGUGUUGAAGGAGCAGCAGGAGCUGAUCGAGGAAGAGAACGAGCAGGCCGAGUCAAGUAAGCAGACGUCAGAGGCCAAGGGUGAAAAGAGCGCGAGCUCGACGGUUAAAGAUGAUAAAGAUAUCGACGAGAAGCCCAAGCCCAAGGCCACCGAUGCUAAGCAGGAGGCGAAGGCAGAUGCGAAAGACGAGGCCAAAGAGGCUGAACAGGACGUCACGGAGCAGGGCAAGCAAGAGGAGGCACAGAAAGUCCCUGAAGACAAGAAAAACUAA